AUGGCCCGGAAUCAGAAGCGACCCACAACCAUGCAAGGACCUCUCGACAGGGAAUGGCAAAACCUCCUGCCGAAUCCCUCGAGGAGAAUCAAUAGAUGGCAUGGCAGGAGAUGA